CGCACUGACCUUGGCCUAAGCGAAGCGGGCUCCACAGCAGGGAGGGCUCGAAAGAGUGGAGUUGGAACCGGGUCUCUCAGGCGCGGCUCAUGGAUGGCGACGUCGACUCUUGGAGGGUACAGAGGACGCUGCAGCCACACUGCUUACUGUUGAGUCAGGAUGAAGCCGGGGCAAGAGUGACUGGCAAUAUUUCAGCAACAAGUCUAACUCUUGUAAACCCAAGCAGCGAACCGUCUUCUCGGAUUAUGCCACGGAGUGACGAGUCGGCAGUCGAGACGAGAUGUAGAAAGCCGGGUGGCCUUCGUGUCGUUGAUGCUGACAAAAUGAGCUCCUGUUUCUGGUUCCGGCCGUGGUCGUUGGCCGGUUCGUCAAGCUCGGUCACUGGAAUGUGCGGCCGAAUCCAAGUCGUCGAACACGACUUUUGUUCCUGGCGAGGAUCGAAGAGUCGAAGUCGGCGACUCUCUGGCGUCCGCGGUCUUUUGCUAGUGACCUGUGAGCAGCCUCCUCCUGGACGAGGCGAGUACCUCGAAGGGCUUGUCUGAAGAAAACGAAACACUGGGUGCUUGACAGCAAGAGAAAGGAACGGGCG